AUGAAGACCACCGGACUACUCACGCUCCUCUUCACCUCGAUGGCUGCUACUGCUAUCGCCAGCCCCAACGCCCUGCCCAUGGGAGUUGAGGUUGUCGAGAUUGACGGUAAGACCACUGUCCGCGAGGUGCCUCACGCACUCCUUGGCCGCGGCCUUGACAAACGCUGCCGCGAGUGUGUUGGCCAGGGCGGAUCUUGCACAAUUGGUGACGGCAGCUGCUACGCUGAGGACCCCCCACUGUACUGUACCUGGUGCGGUGACAAGUGCGGAUCCCGAUGUGUCCGCCAGGGACAGACCUGCCAGCAGACUUGUGUCUAG